UAAUUAAUUUUUUUUGUGAUAGGAUGCAAAGUUGUGGUAGCAUCGAGGAAUGAAGAAAGAUUGAGCAAAUCAGCUUCUCAUAUGCGACAAGCAAUACCUGAAGGCUCACCAGCAAAGAUAAAGUCUAUACCAUGCAAUAUAAGGAAGGAGGAAGAGGUUAAGAAUCUUGUGUCAUCAACGUUAGCAGAGUAUGGAAAAAUUGAUUUUUUAAUAAACAACGGAGGUGGACAGUUUGCAUGUCCAGCCUCUGCCAUUCGUACAAAGGGGUGGAAUGCUGUGAUAGACACAAACCUAACUGGAACAUUUCUUUGUUGUCGAGAAGUUUAUAAUGCAUGGAUGGAGGAGCAUGGUGGAUCAAUUGUAAACAUAGUUGUUGAUUUUUGGAACGGCUUUCCACUAAUGUCGCAUACAUCAGCCGCAAGAGCUGGCGUGGUGAACUUGUCCAAGACGCUUUCAAUAGAAUGGGCUGCAAAUGGUGUACGCAUUAAUAAUGUUGCACCGGGAACAGUGUACUCGGAGACUGCAGCUGCUAACUAUCCGGAUCCUGAUUUGUUUGAAAAAAGUAUACCUGCAAUACCGGCAAAACGAUUAGGCAAAGUUGAAGAGAUUUCAGCAGCAGUUUGCUUUCUGUUGUCCCCAGCUGCUGCAUAUAUAACCGGUGAUACCUUGAAAGUGGAUGGAGGCUCUAGUAUAAAUAAUCCCUCAAUGCUGACAAUACCAGAUCAUAACAAAUAUCCAACAUAUGACUGGGAUGAAGACAAAGAUAAAGCAAAUGAACAAGAAAAGAAGAUGCCAAAAUCAAUGUUAUAAUAAAAACAACAAAUGAAUAGAGAACAGAUAUAGUAAAUGGCUUUGAUGUCAAUAAUAUACGAAUGUGCAAGGAUGUGUGAGGAAUUAUGUGAAUGGUUACAUCACUUUUUAAGAGGAUUGCAAAGAUUUGCAAUUGAUAAUACAGUUAGCAAAAAACAUUGAAAUUAAUGAAUUGGAAUUAGAUAUGGGCUAGUCUCAAGAGAUCUUUGGGGUGAGGAGGAGGGGAAUGUGGAAGCAGUCUUGUUUUCUGUGAGAUCCCAUGACUCGUUGGGUGACCUGGGACCCUGCUUUAAUUUAGAGGUGUAAUUUUAUUAGGAAUGCAAGAAAUGAUUGUUAAUAAAAGAUAAAAUAUGUUUAUUUAAAAGAUAAUGUUAAGCUUGGAGACUAUUAAGUGAUAAUGUACAGUACAGUAUGUGCUUUAAUGGAGCAGCAAUGUUUUUAUGAAUAUAUUCUGAGAGGAAAUAAAAACAGUAUAUAAAACAGUGCUAAUAAAAGUUAAUAUAGUGCCCAGGAA